AUGGCAGCAGCUCCAGCUCACUGUCUGAGGGGACACGGCUGGGUUCGGACCGGGGAAAGGAGGCGGAGUCAGCUGGAGGAGGAGGAGGAGGAGGCGGCAGGAGCAGAGGAGCAGCAGAGCCGCAGGAGCAUGGACAUCUGCGUCCUCACAGACCAGUACCGCUGGAGCCGGGACACGCAGCGGACCCGGACCCGGGUGUGUCUGUUCAGGAAAGUCUCACAGGAACUGACCGACACCAUCAGCAUCAUCGCUGUCAAUCAGGGUUUGUCGUCGUCAUGGGAACCAAACAGCUCCUCGCCGCUUGCCUGUUCGCCACCGGCUGCGGUCGUCGACCCCGGCUCGCUGACCUAUGACCCCUGGCAUGUGCACCUGGACCUUCACCGCAGGUCCCGCCCAUCUUGCCCCCCUGUCAGCAGGUGUUCGUCUCUGUCGUCCGAGUCCAGAGGCCGAAACCUGUCAGAGUCGGACUCAGCGAGCAGCUCCGUGGAAAGGUGGCCCUGCAGCUCGUUCAGCAGCACCAAAGAAGAAGACAUUCCCACAGGAGAUGAAGACCCCCAGGCCCCCCACAGAUCCAGACCGGAGGAGUCCUUCACAGUGGAUCCCCUCACCGGAUCCCCGCAGGAUCCUCCGGACAGCAGCUCCGAGUCCCAGGAAGGUCCCGGAGGCGGGUCUGAUGGGAGCUCCACCCCCGUGGCGUCCACCGGCGGCUCCACCUCCGACCUCCACCAGGACGUCGGUAACGCCGCCCCGCCGCAGGGCUACAGGAAGCCCCCGGGCCUAGGGUUCACCCGACACCUGAGUGUAGGGGGGGUGGGAUACAACCAGAACCAGAACCACUACCCGUUCCCCAGCAGGAGGAGCCCCAGGAUCUCCGAGGCGGCUCGGAGGCUCGGCAUGUACUCAUCCUUCUGAUGGAACCAAUCACAAUAAAGAGUUCAGUCUAUUUUUUUUUUUUAUUUGAACAAUUGAACAGUAUAUAUGCAUAAUAGUAUACAUCAAAAACAGGAUAGAAAAUUUACAAUUCACAAAAUAUUUUACAUUUCAAAUAUAUAGAAACACAUGUAAGUAAAAACAUAUUUUAAAUAAAAGGAAGAAUGGUCUUUGUAUAAAUGGAAAUUAUACAAAAUAAAUAAGAUUAUACACUUGA